CUCCGCAAGUGUUGACAGGCUCUGGCAGACGACUGCGACUGAAUUGUUGUUAUUUACAAUUUUACCUCGUAAUGUCCCCCAAGUUCUUCACCAAGUUGGAAAUGUAGACAUGGCAGCAGCAUCGUUACUACAGCAUCAUCAAUGUGGAUAAACCUGAUUAUGCUUAGAUGCAUAGACGAUGAUUUAUGCAUCUGAAGAGUUGCCAAGGGAAACCUUGCACUGAUGAAUAAAUACGAGGUGCUUGGAAUCGUAGGCGAAGGUGCCUACGGAGUCGUGCUCAAAUGCAGGCACAAGGAAAACAAUGAAAUUGUUGCUAUUAAGAAGUUCAAAGACAGUGAAGACAAUGAAGAUGUGAGAAGAACCACAUUGCGAGAACUCAAAGUUCUCCGGCAGCUCAAACAGGAAAACAUUGUAGAACUCAAGGAAGCCUUCAGAAGGAGAGGGAAGUUGUAUCUCGUCUUUGAAUAUGUUGAGAGGAAUAUGCUUGAGCUGCUGGAGGAGCUACCCAAUGGAGUACCACCAGAGAAAGUCAGGAGUUAUGUUUAUCAGUUGCUGAAGGCAAUCCAUUGGUGUCAUCAGAAUGACAUCAUCCAUAGAGAUAUCAAGCCGGAAAAUUUGCUGAUCAGUGAAAAUGACAUUUUGAAGCUCUGUGAUUUUGGUUUUGCUCGUAACUUGGGUGGUAAUGGUACGGGGAACUACACAGACUAUGUAGCUACACGCUGGUAUCGCUCACCAGAGCUACUCCUUGGUGCUCCAUAUGGCAAGGCAGUAGACAUCUGGUCUAUAGGAUGUAUCUUAGGGGAGCUGAGUGAUGGACAACCACUAUUCCCCGGUGAGAGUGAAAUAGAUCAACUCUACAUUAUACAGAAGGUUAUAGGAGCUCUACCCAACUACCAGAUGGUACUGUUUGAAAAGAACCCAAGAUUCUCCGGCCUAAGAUUUCCAUCAGUUUCUGAACCUCAGACAUUGGAGAGAAAGUAUUCAGGAGUUGUUAACAGUGUCAGCAUAGAUUUUAUGAAGAAUGUGCUUCGCUUAGAGCCAUCAGAUCGAUUCACUAUUGAGCAGUGUUUGGAGCAUAGAGCAUUCCAUACUGAAAGGUUACUCCAUCGAGAUCUCCCAAGACCCAAGUCUGCCUAUUCAUCCAGACAAUUUGAGAAGAUUCCAUCCAAAAAUGGUCCCAAGCUUGGAUUUGUCAAGGAGCCUAAAGAGGAAGUUCUAUCAGGAGUAAAUCCAAAUAAAAAUACUGUCGGAACAUCUCAGGAUGAUUAUUCCUACAACCAGAAGCCAUCCCAAGAAGACGCAACAGCAAGCAACAGCAUUCAGAUCCCAGCCGCCCAUCUGAAGUUCCUCAAAUCCAGCAAGAAAAAACAACAGCAACUCCAGGCUGAGACGAACAGCAACGUGGAGACUUGGAGAAGCCAACAGAAGGUUGUGCAAUCCAAGUCCCCUCCCAUCCACUGGGACAAACCAGGGGAGGCCAGCCACCCCACGGAGCCCACGAGGUACUCCACGGAGGAGCCUCACGCAGAGCCUCACGUUGAAACUCAAAUGGAGAGGAUAGCCAGAGGAGAGAGAACUCAUGAGACUCGGAACGAGAAACCCCAUGAGCGGACAUCCUACAGCCUCGCCAAAUCUGCACACAGCAAGGGACCAUCGGAAUCAUUCGCAAAGCACCUCGGGAAAUACGCAAACACGAAGGUGACCUCAAAGUACCAUGGUUAUACGGAUACAAACAAUGUGGAUAGCAGAUCACACGAGGGCGCCCUCUCCCCGAGGGAUGAUGAAGUCCGCAAGGUAGCAUCUGAGGAUCUUAAAAACAACAGACUGAGAGAAGAUGCUACCGAUAAAGAAAACGCCAUACCGAACCCCAUGGGAUCCAACAUACCUCCGUCGAAGUACUUCAAAAACCACGACAAGAAAAAUAACACCGCAGCGGCAAAGUCCGCAUCCAAAGACUCCCUACCCGGCACAGUCAGUGAAAACAUUCAGCGGUAUUUUGAAAGUGAACCCACUCAAUCGGACAGCAACAGCUUUGUGUUAUUUAGUGACCCGCGUCAACCGGCUGUUGAGCCUAAGCAAUCCUCUACAAACUUCCUUGAUGGCAAGAUAAGGGGGCUUGAGGGUAGUGGUUCGAAUCCAAGUCAGACCAACAACCUGGAUCAAAGCUCUAAUCUCGUCGAGCGAGAACUUCCUCUUAUUCCCGUUGCAAGUAAACUGAAGCUUUCUUUUGACGGGAAUAGACAUCCUUUGUCAAAUACGUCAGAAACUCCAAGGUAUCUUGCUCCAAACACGGAUUCUUGCCAGGACAGCAUCCAUGGAGGGAACCGGUCUAAGGAAGGAUCCUUGAAUGGCUCACCCAACAUCUCCCCUAAGGUUUCCCCAAGGGAACAGCUUGAGGGGAGUCUGGGUACCAACAAGUCUGUGGAUCAUAAAGACACUGGCAGUCAGGAAGCCAGUGAGUCUGUGACGAGACCAAACCCACAGCCCACUGAAAAGAAAAGCAUUCUUAAGGGUGUUUCAAGCAGCCAGAAUACUUCAACUGAGCCAGACGUCCAACGGAAGCCAAAGUCUGGCAAGAAGAAGUAUGAGGGCUCAGUUGCUUACAAGGGACGCAUUAUACAGACACCGAAACCUGACGAGCAGGAGAUCAGAGAAAACCAGUCAUUCAAAUUGAGAGACCAUCAACAAAAACAAGAACAGCAGCAGCAGCAGCAAGACAGACAACUACAGCAGGCAACAUACGCAGAGAAAGCAAGCCUCAGCAUAGGGCAUCAAGGAGGGGUUUCCACAUGGCCACGUAGUAAAAGCAGAAGCCAUCAGUUUGGUGAUCAAAAUCCCUUCAUUGAAACAUCAUAUCUGUCAACCAAUAGUUCCAGUGGCCUCUCAGAUAGGCAGAGUACCAAGCCAUCCAGAGAUUCCUACAUUGAGAAUAAACACAACAAUAACACUGCGGACAGCAAUAACUCAUGGAAAUCAUCUAAAGAAAUUAGCGACAGUCAAUGGAGAGAGGUACAGUCCAGCAAAAGAAAGAAGAAGAAGAAAAGUCAAUCGUUAUUCAUCCAUGGGGAAGUUUCCAAUACUGAGCGUCUUGCAAUGCAGCGGAAUGUCUAUGGCAGUCGAGAGCAGUCUAAGCCAAUCAGGAAGAUCAACCAAACGCCAACAGCUGAAAAGAAUCUUCUCAGUGGAGCUUUACACCACUCCAGAGAGCCGCGCCUUCAACCUCUCCAGAAACAACUCCCCUCCCUCCAGACAUCCGUCUCGUCGAACGCCUCCCUUAUGCGUAAAACCUCCCACGAGGCGGACCUCGGUGAUCGACGCCUGACUCACCUCCACCAUCACCACACUCACCACAAGCAUUCCAAGUCCGAUCCCGAUAACUUGGUUGACACCACUCAUCACUCUAGCUGGUCUCACGGUAUGCACUCGGCAAUAGAAGGGGGUAAUUCCUCGGAUGGGAAUAGUAGCGGGAUGGCACACAGCAUCCUGCAGCCGGUCAAAAGUGCCAGGGGUGGUCGGCUUCCGAGCCUUCCUGAUUUCAGGGAAGCAACUCUGUGAGUUGCCAUUGAUGUGUAGCUGGGCCCAAUUUCAUAAAGCCUGUAAGUACAAAAACUCACUAAGCACUGGAAAGUGUUGCUCAAUAAGAACAGGUAGCCAGCCAAAAUUAAGAUAAGUUUACAUUGUAACUGGUGCCACACUCAGUUUUUGUAUAGCAAAGAAAUUUUUUAGGCGGUAUUUCGUGCUAAACAGCGUUAUGAAAUUUGCCCAUGGCCAUUGACAAAACUACUAAGCAACCAGUUGGAUUGCUGAAAACAAUUUCAGAACAGACACACAGUCUAUGUAGUAGCUUUAAGCUGUUCACUCAAUUCCAUUGACCUGCUAAGCAGGAAAAUUGGUCACUCUGUGAGUUGUCGUUGAAGUGUAACUGGCCAUUGACAAAACUCUUAAGCAACCAUUUGGAUCACUCAAAACAAUUUCAGAACAGACAUCCAGUCUACGUAAAAUCUUUUUAGCUGUUCGAUCAAUUCAAUUGACCUGCUAAGCAGGGAAAUUGCUCAGGAAAACAUUUGUUUUCUUGUACUGACAGCGAUGUUAAACAGGAAUCUGUUUUGUAUUUGGAGCUGUUUAAUUACCAGUGGGGGCAUUUCUAAGAUGAGGUCAUUUUUAUGAACUCUAAACAAAUGUCCUUAUAAACUGGGCCAAAUUUCAUAGAGCUGCUUUAGCACAAAAAGAUGCUUAAAG